GGCUUGUACAGGAAAAGAACCUUUAUUUUGUUACCCAAGUCGACAGUGGCGCCGCGGGCAGUCAUCGAACCGAACUAAUUUAAUGUCCAUUUUUGUGAUGGCGGCUGAUAUUUAUAGAUCGUAAGGGUGUUGUUAGUUUUCAAUAAUAAAUGUUUUAAAAUGGAGGAGACAAAGGUUAUUUAUUACAUAGACGACGAGGAGACGCCGUACUUAGUGAAAAUACCGAUAUCUCCCGAGAAAGUGACGUUGUUGGACUUUAAAAAUCAAUUGAACAGGCCUAACUACAAGUUUUUUUUCAAAUCCAUGGACGAUGAUUUCGGUGUUGUUAAAGAGGAAAUAGUGGACGAUAACGCUCAUCUGCCGUGUUUUAACGGUCGUGUGGUGUCGUGGCUGGUGUCCGCGGAAGGCUCCAACCCGUCGGACGGGGCUUCGCAGUGUACUGACAGUAACGCUGGGAAGACGAAGCAAAACGUACAUGGGGCUCCUACAGUGCCCUUAACGAGGGACACCUGUACCGAUACAGACAGUACGAUAAGCUCCCGGCCCGGUCACAGGGCUUCGUGUGACAAAUACAAAUACCGAGGUCUCAGAAUAAACGGACACUCCAAAUAUGGCAACCAUGGUUUAGAAUACGAAACUGCAUCAGUGUUAUCCUCGGAUCUAGACUCUACAAGUCUAUUUGACAGCCAAUCAGAGAUCACCACCACUACGGGGAGACAUACAAAUGCAUCUGUAGACCGAGCGUUAACAGAAUGCAGUAGUGUCUCACACUUGCAAGUUAGUUCACGCAAGAGACCUCAAAGGAGAAGAAAAAGGCCUCAAGUUAUGUCUCGAACGUCGUCUUAUUCUUCAAUCACUGAUUCCACCAUGUCUAUGCAUAUUAUAACUGUUACUUUGAAUAUGGAUACUGUGAAUUUUCUUGGUAUUUCAAUAGUUGGUCAGUCGAAUAAGGGUGGUGAUGGGGGGAUUUAUGUGGGGAGUAUAAUGAAGGGUGGAGCUGUGGCUUUGGACGGCAGGAUUGAACCUGGGGACAUGAUUUUGCAGGUUAAUGACGUAAAUUUCGAAGAUAUGACCAACGAUGAAGCCGUGAGGGUACUCCGCGAGGUGGUCCAGAAACCGGGCCCCAUCAAGCUGGUGGUGGCCAAGUGCUGGGACCCCAACCCUAAGGGUUACUUCACCAUCCCACGCACAGAACCCGUCAGGCCUAUUGACCCUGGUGCAUGGGUAGCUCACACCCAGGCUCUCCGUGAAGCAUAUCCACCUCCUCCCCUGUCUACCCUGCCAGCUGCCUCCAUACCAGAGCGAGGGUCAGAUGCCGGGUCCUUGCCAGCCGAACCCACCCUGGCUAUUGGCAUGGACAUGGCGCGGAUUGUGAGAGCCAUGCUCAGCCCUGACUCUGGUUUGGAGAUCCGCGACCGAAUGUGGCUAAAGAUCACAAUACCCAACGCGUUCAUUGGAGCCGACGUUGUGGACUGGAUACUCCAACACGUGGCGGGCAUAGCGGACCGACGCGACGCCAGGAAAUAUGCCUCCCAUAUGCUCAAAGCGGGUUUCAUCAGACACACGGUUAACAAGAUCACAUUCUCGGAACAAUGCUACUACGUGGCGGGGGAGCUCUGUGCGGACAUGGCAGCCCUACGACUAAGAAGUGCGGAUCAAGACAGCCUCGCGUCAGAUACCUUGGCUCCUCUGCCUAACCCCAAUAUGAUGGGCCCUGGCUACAUGCCGUACGCGGGCUCGUACGGCUACCAGCCCAUCCCCUUCAAGUAUAGCUCCUGUGUCACCAGUGAACACACUAUAUAUGGUUACAAUCGUGAAGAGAGUGUUCUAUCCGGCAGCGGGGGCUCCAGCGCCGGCUCGGACCAUCUAACCGCUAAGGAGCCUGCGGCAGCGACCCGUGAGAAUGAAGUGAAGUCAACAUCAAGUGGGUCCGGGGCGAGCGCGGCGGCGGACGGGGGAGGGGGAGGCGCGAGACGGUCUCACUCCCACUCCAGUGGGUCGGACCGAGCUACCGACAGACCCGUGCUCUUCCUCUAACGGACAAAAUUCUAGAGUGUCCGUCACUGCCAAAUAAAAUUAUAGGAAUUUCGUACGUAUUUAUGUAAUAAGAGCAGUAAGAAAUAAACCAAUAUGGUCGUCGAUUGUAACCAAAAGUUGAACCAAAUUUAAACCAUGUACUAUAUCUGUAUCGUAUUGUAUACUCAGAGUUAUUUAUUCAUUUAUUUAUUCAAACAUCUUUAUUGAUUAAGGCUAACUACACAGGUCUGCCCGCGAAAUUCAGAUU